UAGCACAUGCGUCUCGCAUAUAAGUUAGAUAAAAGCACAGAAGUCACUCAAUUUCUAGCACUCGAAUUUAAUUAGAUUAAUCGUUUCCAAAGUUGCACCAGUGCCCGGAUAACAGCGCCAGGAUGAAGAUUGAGUGUUGUAUAAAGUGGACUCUAGCCGGACUGCUGCUGGCGGCUUUAUCCAGUGCUAUUGAGACUGAUGACAAGGAUGAUCAACAGAUUUUUAAUUCGGCAUUGGAGGAACUCGCCAAGUCGAAACGACCGUUCUGCAAUGCAUUCACAGGCUGUGGGAAGAAACGAAAUUACUAUGGAAAUUCGAUGGAACGAUCAGGGGAUUUACCGAAGAUCACAAUUCCUAUUCCCAUCUACAAGGCACUGAUUCGUGCUGCAUCCCAGGAACUCCGCAAUGCUCUCGAACGUGGGGAAUCCAUCGACGAGUCAUACCAAGAUUAUUUGCCAUUAUUAACAUCGAAGAGACCGAUACGUGGGAGGCUCCAAAGUUAAUUGUAAUCUUCACA